CGGAACACCACACACGUACGGUGCCAGUGCUCUCGGUUCGGAAGUUUUGGUGUCCUUAUGGAUGGAUCACACCGAGAGCAGCUGGAGGGAGAUCUGGAAACUUUGGCCAUUGUCACAUACACAUGCCUGACCAUCUCGCUGGUGGCUCUCCUGACAACAUUUGCAAUCCUGACAUCUCUAAAGGGGCUGAAAACCAACACCCGAGGGAUCCAUUCCAACAUCGCCAUGGCGCUUUUCUUCUCCGAACUGAUCUUUCUUCUGGGCAUCAACAGCACAGAAAGUGAGUUUCUCUGCACCGUCAUCGCCAUCCUGCUGCAUUAUUUUUUCCUGUCCACCUUUGCCUGGCUGUUUGUGGACGAGCUUCACAUCUACCGCAUGCAGACCGAAGUAAGGAACGUAAACUUCGGUGCCAUGAGAUUUUACCACGCCAUUGGUUGGGGUGUCCCCGCCAUAAUCACAGGCUUGGCGGUGGGACUGGACCCGGAAGGUUAUGGAAAUCCAGACUUCUGUUGGAUCUCGAUUCAUGAUAAACUUGUGUGGAGUUUUGCUGGACCCAUCGCUAUAGUGAUUGUGCUGAAUGGUGCCAUGUUUCUUAUGGUUGCCAAACUCACCUGCUCACCCGGACAGAAGGAGGCCAAGAAGACAUCUGUCCUCAUGACUUUGCGAAGUUCCUUCAUUCUCCUCCUGUUAAUCAGCACUACCUGGCUUUUCGGUCUGCUGGCUGUUAAUAACAGCAUUCUGGCCUUUCACUACCUCUAUGUUCUCCUCUGCAGCCUGCAGGGUUUGGCUGUGCUGGUUAUCUUCUGUGUCCUCAAUGAGGAAUUCCAGGAAGUGUGGAAG